AUGAGGUGCAGCGUCUCCAUUUUUAUUGCUAUUUUGGCAACUGUUUCUGCUUUAGGUGUUCAUGAAGAAUGGAAACAUUUCAAAAAUAAUCAUGGAAAAUUAUAUAGAAACUCAGUUGAAGAAACAUACCGAUUUUCGGUAUUUCAAGCUAAUUUACGCAGAAUCGAAGAACAUAAUGUAAAAUUCGAACAAGGCCUAUCUACUUUCCGAAUGGGAAUGAAUCAAUUUGGAGAUUUAACCCCCGAAGAAUUUCUUCAGAGACUUCCAAAAAUCGAUAGACCACCGAUUUAUGGAACAUUUAAAAAUUUUGAAGAUGAUUUCGAUGGUGAUGUUCCAGAUGCAGUUGACUGGAGAGAAAAAGGAGCAGUAACUGAAGUAAAAAAUCAAGGCAAUUGUGGAUCCUGUUGGGCAUUCAGUGCCACUGGUGCAAUUGAAGGAGCAUAUUUUAUUAAAACAGGAAAACUUAUUUCCCUGAGUGAACAAAACCUCGUUGAUUGUGCUAAAUCUUGUGAUGGUUGCUACGGCUGUUGGCCGAAUGAGGCUAUAGAGUACGCUGAGAAAAGUGGAAUAGUGACAGAAGGAGCAUAUCCUUAUAAGGCAAUAGCUUCUUCAGCUUGCUUAGUCAAUGUAUCGGACUCUGUGUUAAAACCUAAGGAACAUAUUAUUUUACCCACAGGCGACGAAGAUAAAUUACAGAGGGCUGUUGCUAGACAACCAAUAUCUGUAACUAUAGAUGCAGAAAAUGAUUUUCAAUUUUACAAAGAAGGAAUUGUGGAUGAUUCAACUUGUGAAUCAGGAGAUGGUGCCUUAAACCAUGCUGUAUUAGUUGUUGGAUAUGGUACUCAAGAUGGUCAUGACUACUGGCUCGUGAAAAAUUCUUGGGGUACAUCAUAUGGUCAGGACGGUUACAUAAUGAUGUCAAGAAAUAAGAAUAAUCAAUGUGGAAUUGCUACAUAUGCUCUAUAUCCAGUGUUCUAA